AUGUCCGCCAACAGCACCAACGUCUCGCGUCAGCAGCCACCAUGGCGCGUCCCUGAGGGCAAGCCUGUCCCCAAGCUCAAGCUCUUCAACUCCAUGACCCGCACCAAGACCGAUUUUGUUCCUAUGGAUGGCAACCAGGUGACCUGGUAUGCCUGCGGUCCUACUGUGUACGACUCAACCCACAUUGGACAUGCCAGAAACUAUGUCUCAUUAGACAUCCUUCACCGUGUCGUCGAGGACUACUUUGGAUAUAACGUCCUCUUCGUCGAGAACAUCACCGACAUUGACGACAAGAUUAUCAAACGUGCUCGCCAGAACCACCUUUUCAACAACUUCAAGGCUGCAACCACCACUAUCACACCAGCGGCUAUUGCCAAGGCUGAGGCUGCCUGGAAGCUCUAUGCUGACUCUGAGCUCAAGGCCAUCGAUGCCACUGCCGCUGACCAAUGGGCUGCCUUCGUGGAGAAGAUCAAUAAGGACGCUGCUUUUAAGGCUUCACUCACCACCGCUCACCCAAAGUUCCCCAUGCACUUUUCCGCACUUCAGGAGGCUCACGAUGCCAUUGAGCAGGCCAAAAAUGCAGGAAAGGCUGACGCCGCCGCUUUCUGCGACGCCAACAAGACCACCCUCUCUAACCUCUUGGACAAGGAGCUUUCGCACACUGUCAGCGACCCCAAGGUCUUCAGAGAUCUUGCCGCCUACUGGGAGGGAGAGUUUUUCAAGGAUAUGGAUCGUUUGGGAGUCCGUCGUCCCGAUGUUUUGACCCGUGUCAGUGAAUACGUUCCCGAGAUUGUUGACUUUGUGAAGAAGAUUAUCAGUAACGGAUACGCCUACGAGGCCGAGGGCUCGGUCUAUUUUGACACUGCUGCCUUCGACGGCAAGGAUGGUCACCACUACGCCAAGUUAGCCCCUUGGUCCAAGGGUGAUGCCGCUUUGAUGGAGGAGUCUGAGGGAUCUUUGGGAAUCAAGUUGUCAGGAAAGAAGUCGAGCAUGGACUUUGCUCUCUGGAAGGCUUCCAAGUCUGGAGAGCCCGCUUGGGAUUCGCCUUGGGGUCCUGGUCGUCCCGGAUGGCACAUUGAGUGCUCUGUGAUGGCUUCGGAGGUCUUGGGCAGCGGAAUGGACAUUCACUCUGGAGGGAUUGAUCUCGCCUUCCCUCACCACGACAACGAGUUGGCUCAGUCCGAGGCCUACCACCAGUGCGACCAGUGGGUCAACUACUUCACCCACUGCGGUCACUUGCAUGUUGAGGGACAGAAGAUGUCCAAGUCUUUGAAGAACUUUAUCUCCGUCCAGCAAGCAUUGGAGAAGUACACUCCCCGCCAGCUCCGUUUCUUUUUCUUACUUCAUCAGUGGGAUACUGGUGUCGAUUUCAGAGAUACCAGCAUGAGCGAAGCCAUGAGCGUUGAGACCACCUUCAACAACUUCUUUGCCAACGCCAAGGCCAUGAUUGCAGAAGCUAAGCACACCGCUUUGGAUUCGACCGGUACUCACAACUUCCGUCGUCUUGAACUUGACAUGAUUGUUGCAUUGAAGGACAAGCAGAACGCCGUCCACGCCGCCCUCUGCGACUCGAUCAACACGCCCAACGCCAUGUCUGAGCUCCAGUCGCUCGUCUCGCGUACCAACGUCUACAUCAAGGAGGCUGGUUCAAACUUGAACGUCGAGGUUGUCAAUAAGGUUGCUCUGUAUGUCAGCAAGAUGCUUCGCACUUUCGGUCUUGACGGUGUCGUCUCGGACCCUAUUGGCUUUGCUAGCGCUGAGGCUGGCAGUGCUUCGGUCGAGGAUGUUGCUAUGCCCUACCUCCAGGUGCUUUCAACCUUCAGAGAUACCAUCCGCGCCUAUGCUCGCGAGGGUCGCCCCGUCCAGGAGAUGUUGGCGCUCUCUGACAAGUUGCGCGAUGAGGAUUUGGAGCGUCUGGGUGUUUCUCUGGACGACCGUGAGGACGGCAAGGCGUUGAUCAAGCUUAUCCCUGCCGAGGAGCUCGCUGCUCAGCGUCAGGCCAAGAUCCAGCAGGCUGCCGAUAAGGCUGCCCGCAAGGAGGAGGCUGCCAAGGCCAAGGAGGCUGCUCGUCUUUUGAAGCUGGAGAAGGGCAAGGUCUCGCAGUUGGAGAUGUUCAAGGCUGCGGCCAACAGCGCCGAGUAUGGCUCGUUUGAUGAGAGUGGUAUCCCUGUGACGGACAAGGAGGGUCAGGAGUUGCCCAAGAGCAGGAGAAAGAAGCUGCAGAAGGAGUGGGAUGUCCAGAAGAAGUUGCAUGAGGACUACUUGGCUGAGAAGGCUAAGGGUACCAUCGCUUAA